AGCAAUCAAUUGUUGAUGAAUUCCAAGUCCAAAGCGCUCUUGAUAAGCACGUGUGCCCCCAUAGCGUUAUUGUCGUACUACUAUUGGUUAUCAAAGCGGAAACGUGAGGUUUCUUCCGACGUGAACGUCAGCGAUAUUCUGAAGGUGAUCGCGAGAGAGAGUGUUAGUUGGACUAUCAAGAAUCAGGCUCGAUUGCGUCAUAAGAGCUCGAAAACGACGGCAUCUACGAUGGAGGAGGUUAAUGUGAAGUCACAGGAGGAAAGUCAAGAACAGAAUUCAGCCCCCCACAGCCCUUCGUUGGAAGCCGGUGUUGAUCAGAAUGGAGCAACGUUCUCCGACAACUCCAGCGAAGUAUCUUCUGACUCGGGUAAGGGAGGGAGCGAGAUUGCAAAUUUGAAUAGUUCGGAGAACGCGGCGGUGGAGCCGUACACGUUGUACGAGUUCGAGUUGUCACAACCGUUGGUUGGGUUCCUGAUCGGCAAGUACGGAUGCAAUGUGCACGAGAUCCGCGAUAAGUGUGGAGCAAGUGUGAUUGUGAGGAAACACCCUUGCAACCACCGCAUGAAGCUCAUAACAGUCGAAGGUACCCAGCGGCAGAUCGAGGAGGCCAUGGUGAUGAUUCGCAAGCGUUUUCCCCCUAAGCGCUUUCCCGAAGUGAAGCUGGAGCGUGUUGAUUAUCUAUCCAGUCACUUGAUCAACAUGGGUCUCCAACCUGCACCUAUAAUUGUUCCCAGCACUUAUCAGCUGCAUUUGCCGGCAAGUGUGAUGUUCGAUGCCUACGUGUCAGCGGUAGUGAGUGGAGGACAGUUCUUUCUUCAGCAACCGACUCAUCCUACCUAUUCUUCGUUGAAAACGUUGGAUCAUCUUAUGCACGUUUGCUACGCCGAUCUUACGUGUCCCGGUCUCCCGCGUCCUCUCGACACUGGGAUGGUGUGCGUGGCCCCAGCACAGGGUGGCUGGUUCCGCUCACAAGUCAUGUCCCAUGAAAAUGACUCUGAAAACGUGACCAUCAAAUUUCUUGAUUAUGGUGGUUAUGCGGAUCUGCCGGUUGAGAGUCUCCGCCAAAUCCGAAUGGACUUUGUGUGCUAUCCCUUCCAAGCUGCCGAAUGCUAUCUUGCCAAUAUUAUUCCUGUCGACCCUAAUGGGAGUGAGGAGUGGUCUACUGAGUCAGCAAUUGCAUUAGAAGAACUUUGCUCCGGAAAUGUGCUUCAGGCUGAGGCGCUGGGCUGUACUGUUGAAGGUGUUUCCGUGGUGAACAUCUACCGUGUUAAUGAAGAUAUGACGUUGCUUAAUAUAAAUGAAGAGAUGGUGCGAAGAGGUUAUGCCAAAUGGAUCGAGUCGCCAGAAGAAAAAGAAGUUUAUUUGGAUGAAGACGUCAGACAAGAAGAACCAACCACAACUCUGAAGACGAAGCGUGAUGACGUUGCUGUCGGAAGCAAAAAGAAAAAUAAGAAAGGAAAAGGCCGCAAGAAAGACGGAUUUGACGGUGUUGAAGACACCGUAAGGAAAUUGAAGGACUUGUCAGUGUAACGAAGACAACUGUGGCGUUGAUUUUUAUUUGCGGGGUUUGAUUUCUUUGAAGGCAUUUUGUUAGGUUUUUUUUUGUGGAAUUAUGCUGUGGGGUCCGUUUGGUAUCCCGUGACGGUGGUUUUGAUCUUCCGGAAAGAAAAAAGAAAUUGCUCGGUCUGUCCCAGAAGACUUGACUCUUAACAUCCUCAGGUGGAAACUGAGUGCUUUGUAGUUGACAGUAGGAAACGUUCUGCAUGUUCAGGUGUAAAAAGAAAAUUUUUUUUUAGGUCCUCUGGGAUAGUUCCGACUGUACAUAGGCGUGAUAACUGAUCUUUUCUGAGUGAACGAUUGCACCCGGUGGGACGUGAGUGAAGAGUGUGUGAGGUGGAAAAUUUUGGGAAGGGACAAUUUUUCUUUCUCUGUUCUGCUUGAAUGUUCAUGAAUUUUAAGGUUCUUGUGUGGGACUGACUUCUAGACGAGCCAGCCAGUGUUGGGUUCGAUUUGUGUUGUCAACCGGUUUGCUUCUCCCUUCAGUUGUACAGUCUCGGGAAGACUUCUAAAAAUGCUUCCCGCCAAAUUUUUGUGGUUUGCGAGGUGAUCAUGUCGAAAGUGGUUUCACGAGAGCGGUUUUGUUCUUUCUGGGUUUAUCUUUGGGAAGCCAUGGGUAUGGUCCCAAAAUUUCCUCCCGCGUCGGAAAAGAAAAACGAAGAUUGUUUUCUAGUUACCGUUUUCCGCGAAAUUUCUGUGAUUUAGGUUGCAGCGGAAAAUGUGAAAAUUAGUGUUUUAAUCUUGCAUUAAGCACCGUUUUCUGCUUCAGCAUAACAGGAGGUGAUGUUGGUUGUUGUCAGUUUGCUAGGUUUGUAAAACCCGUUUUUCGUCUGCCAUAAUUCGUCUUUUUGAAGGUGAGGAAGAGUUCGACACGUUUUGGAAAUUUGUCUUACUGACAGGAGACUGAAGGAUUAACUGUUUGUCUGUGAGCUACCCAAGGAACGAUCAUGCGAAGCUGUGUAUAAUUUUUGGAGGACUCGGUAUUUUCUGAAACUCUGUUACAUUUUUUAGUUUUCUGCAGAAGAAAUCGUGGAAAAGUCGCCGCCGUGGGAUUUUUUCGGACGUGUGCAUCGUGGUUAUAGUAAUUGCGGCCUUCUUUUGUUUAUUGUUUGCUGAGUGGACGCGAUCUGGUUUCUCAGUUGGCGGUGAAUGAUGUGAAUGAGUAUUACGCACCUUCCUCGGAGUGGUUUUUUGUUAGUUUGUUGUGGUUCAGGGAUUCUUCUUCGUGUGGGGGUUUUUUUCAAGAGAAGAUGGAUGAUAUUAGGUCAAUCGCUUUGAGAGCUGAAAGAAAUUCGCCGUGGCGAAAUUCAAAAAAAAAUUUUUGUGGCGUGAUGUGUUCUCGCCCAUUGUUUGGACAGAAUGUGUAAAUAGUUGAACGGCAGGAGAUCUUCCAUUGUAAAUGUAUUUCCUCCCCGAAUGAAGUGCAAUUUUUAUUUCGGAAAGUUUGAUAAUCCGCGUUACGUUUUCCGACAUACUCCGCUGGUCCCCCAUUCCCCAAACUAGCUUUCUUGUGUUCUAGGCUCAGGUUUUCCGAAUAAGCUUUUCCGGAGUUGCAUUGAAGUUUUUUUUUUUUUUUGCCGUGAAAUUUGUCCAGCGUCAUUUUUUCAGUUUAAUAAAGGAUCCAUUUUAUGUAAUAUACCGUCCGAAA